AUGAAUUUCAAUACAAUCUUUGCGUUUGUUGUCCUGAUAUUGGCAAUUAGUAUGGUGCAAGCCAGGCCUGACAUUUGGAAGGACCUCGAACGCGUUGGUCAGCACAUUAGGGAUGCUACUUUACAGGUUUUAGAUAUUGGUCAAAAGGCAGCUAAUGUGGUCGACACUUUUCGCGGCAAAGAAGAACCGAAUGAUAUGUAAAAAUAAAGAUCCAUAAAUCAUUAACACA